AGCUUGAAAUCCAACAGACUAAAGUGUGAAGGCCUAGCAGUCGAUACCUAAUCAGCGAUUUUCUAAAAUAUUUUCCCCAACGUGCAAAAACAAAUGUGUCAAUGAAGACACCGGACACCAAAGCCAAGCUGCUGAAUAAUAUAAGUCUAUCUAAACAUCUGUCUUCCAAGAAAGGCGGCUCUCGCACUAGUAACUGCGGCAAUUGUCUGGAAUUCUCCGUGCUGACGCGUCUCUCCAGUGUGCCCUGAAUCCCCCCGAACACCACCAAGCUCAUCUUAGCCUCUGUUUAAACUUGAAAGUAAUCCUUGAAAAUGGUUCACCAAAUGCGCACACCCAGCAAGGCCAUCCCGGCCAA